GCACAGCCUCCCGCUUGGAUUGGCUGUGGCGGGUGGUGACUCUCGGCGGUCACGCCCUCACCCUCAGUCGCCGCGGCAGUCGGCGUAGGGUGCGCCAAGAGAAGGAGACGCUGCCCUUCCGAAGCCAUGGAACGCGGCGGGGAAGAAAAUUCCCAGCUGGAGACUGCCCCUGCAAUCCUGAGACACAUGUUGAAACAAAGUUGGAUUUCUUUGUGAGCUCUGAAUGGUUCCUUAAGUGUCCUUCCCACACGCUGACUCCUGUGGGUACUCGCAGCCUCAUUCAGAAAUGGCCUUUCAGAGAACCGAGGGAAUGUCUAUCAUCCAAGCCUUGGCAAUGACUGUGGCAGAGAUCCCGGUGUUUGUUUACACAACCUUUGGGCAGUCUGUCUUCUCUCAGCUGCGGCUCUCCCCUGGCCUGCGGAAGGUGCUGUUUGCCACAGCUCUUGGAACAGUUGCCUUGGCUCUUGCUGCACAUCAGCUGAAGCGGCGUCGACGUCGAAAGAAACAGAUAGCUCCAGAGAAGUGUGGUCUCAAGCCUGGAGGAGUCCCUGUCCCUGUCCUGUCAACCAGGAAAGUCCCAUCUGUGAAAAAAGGAUAUUCCAGCAGGAGAGUACAAAGUCCAAGCAGCAAGAGCAAUGACACGCUUAGCGGGAUUUCCUCCAUUGAGCCCAGCAAACGCUCUGGUUCCUCCCACAGCCUUGCCUCGAUAGUGGCUGUGAACUCUUCCAGCCCAACACCAGCAGCUGCAGGGCUCUGGGAGACGGGAGCAAUGGAGGAUCCUGGAGCUGCUGGAGACUCUAGUGCUGAAAGCCUCUAUAUUCAAGGGAUGGAGCUGUUCGAGGAGGCUCUGCAGAAGUGGGAGCAGGCAUUGACUGUACGGCAGAGAGACAGCAGCAGCACUUCACUCCCCUGGGAGAACAAGAAACACCAAGAGUCAAUGUCAGGGGAGUUGUCAGAGCAGGAGUCUCCAAAAAAGGAGUUUGCUGAAAAGCUUGAAUCCCUCUUGCACCGGGCAUAUCACCUCCAGGAAGAAUUUGGGUCUACACUCCCCUCUGACAGCAUGCUGCUAGACCUGGAGAGGACCCUUAUGCUUCCACUGACGGACGGGUCACUGAGACUUCGGACAGAUGGUGAAGACAGUUCAACUUCUGAGGACUCCUUCUUCUCUGCAGCAGAGCUCUUUGACUCCCUCCAAAUUGGGGAAAUACCUUUCCAUCUCUCCAAGCCAGCAGCUGCAUAUGAAGAAGCUCUGCAUUUGGUGAAAGAAGGGAAAGUUCAUUGCAGAACACUAAGGACAGAGCUCUUAGGCUGCUACAAUGAUCAGGAUUUCCUGGCAAAACUGCACUGUAUCAGGCAGGCCUUCCAGGAACUCCUGAAGGAUGAGAGCAACCAAUUGUUCUUUGGGGAGGUUGGAAAACAGAUGGUGAGAGGACUAAUGAUAAAGGCUGAGAAGAACCCCAAGGCCUUUCUGGAAAGCUAUGAGGAGAUGCUGUGUUAUGCACUGAAGCAAGACACCUGGCCAACUACUCAGCAGGAGCUUGAAGGAAGAGGGGUGGUGUGCAUGAGUUUCUUUGAUAUUGUGCUGGAUUUCAUUCUCAUGGAUGCUUUUGAGGACCUGGAAAACCCUCCCUCCUCUGUGGUAGCUGUCCUACGCAACCGCUGGCUCUCUGAUAGCUUCAAGGAGACGGCUCUAGCAACUGCCUGCUGGUCUGUUCUGAAAGCAAAGAGGAGGCUUCUGAUGGUACCAGAUGGCUUUAUCUCCCAUUUCUACUCCGUAUCGGAGCAUGUCAGUCCUGUUCUAGCUUUUGGUUUUUUGGGGCCCAAACAGCAACUGUCUGAGGUCUGUGGUUUUUUCAAGCACCAGAUUGUGCAGUAUUUGACGGACAUGUUUGACCUGGACAAUGUGAGAUACACCACAGUGCAGUUGCUAGCAGAAGACAUUCUGCAGCUCUCUCGGCGGCGCAGUGAAAUCCUUCUGGGAUAUUUGGGUACUGAGACCACCCUAGAGAUGAAUGGGACGCUACCCAGUGAAAAUGGAUCUCUGGAGGAGCUCCACUAAUAUCCACCAAUCAGUUACA